AUACAGCUACUCUGGGGAAUAUUCACUAGCAAAAAGUGUCAAAACUACUCCCUUACUUCUAGCUUGAUUAUAACAAGAAUUCAUAAAACAACAUGGAACAAAACAUUUGAGUACAUGGAUUUAUUUCAUCUUAAUGAAACACAGUUGAAUAAAACUUGUGUAACCACUUUUGUUCAAGUUGUUAAUAUAACUUCUAAACAAGCACAGGUCUAUAACAAUGUUAAAUGACAUCCACUCUUCUGCUAAAUCUACACAGCCCAUAAACAGCAGCUGCUUCCUUACAGUAUCAUCAAGUUCUAAGGGUGUACUCACACUAGUCACGGUAGCCCUGAACCGAACCCGAACGCGAUUAUCCCCCCUCCCCACUCCCCCGCUGGCCUGCACUCACACUUGCACUAAACUUUCCGGGCCGGGGCAAGCUUUUGUCAUGUAUGAGAUAAUGGAGAGCACUUUCGCUAAAAUUCUACAGAAUAAUUAAUAAUAAUUUAAUUAUAAUUUAUUCCGUGCAUUGAUUUUCACUUUUUGGACGUCAAACGCGCGGCGUGGUUCAAAACGCCUAGUGUGAGUACACCCUAAAGAUAAGAAUAUGAUUUAAAAGCUGGCUGUGUGCAGGAGUAUGUAAUAAUAAUUGCUUUUUCUCACUCUCCCUCACUCUCUCUCUCUCUCUCUCUCUCUCUCUCUCUCACUCACUCCACCCCAGAGAGCAGGUUAAAAGGACGUGUCCAGCACUGUUAAACUUACUUUAUGUGUACAAACUUUCUUUAUUCUGAGAUGAUCCCUGCACUAAAAUCCAUAUGGAGCAUGAAGAAUGGGAUAGUUCUUUUCUUCACUCCUUUGAUUUUUCUUCCACUUCCAGUGGUCAUCAACACAACGGAGGCCAGCUGUGCCUAUGUGAUCAUACUGAUGGCAGUUUACUGGUGUACUGAGGCUCUUCCUUUAGCUGUCACGUCACUGCUACCUGCUGUUCUCUUCCCCAUGCUUGGCAUCAUGCAGUCCAAAAUGGUGUGUAUGCAAUACCUGAAGGACACUAACAUGCUGUUUGUGGGUGGACUAAUGGUUGCUGUGGCAGUUGAGCACUGGAACCUGCACAAACGCAUCGCCCUUAGAGUGCUUCUCAUUGUUGGGGUGCGCCCAGCGCUCCUGAUGCUGGGCUUCAUGGGGGUGACAGCUUUCCUCUCCAUGUGGAUCAGUAACACGGCUACUACGGCCAUGAUGGUCCCCAUAGUGCAGGCCGUGCUGGAACAGCUGAACAAACAAGAGACAGAGUCGUCACAGACGACCUGUGGUGAGGAACGGCCCCAGGCCCCUGAGGCGGAAUACAAACAGACAGCAAAAGACAGAGACACAGAAGUGGUGCUACACAUGCUGGAUGUCUCACCAGAGGCCAAACGAAAGGAGUCAGCAGAGAAGCGGUUCAUGGCUAAAGGAAUGACUCUGUGUGUGUGUUAUGCUGCCAGCGUUGGGGGAACGGCUACACUCACAGGCACUGGACCUAACCUAGUACUGAAGGGUCAGAUGAACCAAUUAUUUCCUGACAAUGGUGAUGUCAUCAACUUUGCCUCAUGGUUUGGGUUUGCCUUCCCCAACAUGAUCAUCAUGCUGACAAUAGCUUGGCUCUAUCUUCAGUUCAUUUUCAUGGGAUUCAACAUUAGGAAGACAUGGGGAUGUGGAGCGGUAAAGUCAGAGAAGGAUAUAGCCGCCUAUAACGUGAUCCGGGAGCAGCAUCUUCAGCUGGGACCGAUGUGUUUUGGUGAACUCAGCGUUCUGGCUCUCUUCAGUUUGCUUGUAGCGCUGUGGUUUACGCGAGAUCCUGGAUUUGUAACAGGCUGGGCAACACACACCUUUAACACUGAAGCAGAAUAUGUGACAGAUGCUACAGUUGCAGUCUUCAUUGCCCUGUUGCUCUUCAUUCUGCCAUCUAAACCACCCCGGCUUUGCUUCUGGUCAUCAACUGGCUCUGAAACGGAGCCUCAACCCUCUUCUGCGCCCAGUCCAGCCCUGCUCUCCUGGAAAGUAGCUCAAAAGAAGUUACCCUGGAACAUAGUUUUGCUCCUAGGUGGAGGAUUUGCCCUAGCCAAAGGUAGCGAGGAGUCAGGUCUAUCCAGAUGGAUGGGAAACCAGUUGACUCCCCUACAUAGUAUCCCUCCUUGGGCCAUUGUUAUCAUCCUGUGCCUCUUGAUUGCCAUUUUCACUGAGUGUACCAGCAAUGUUGCCACAGCUACCUUAUUUCUUCCUGUCCUUGCUUCCAUGUCUCAAUCGGUUGGAAUCAACCCUCUUUACAUCAUGGUGCCAUGCACACUCAGUGCUUCCUUUGCAUUCAUGUUACCUGUGGCAACUCCACCAAACGCUAUAGUCUUUUCCUAUGGAUACCUCAAGGUUUCAGACAUGGCAAAAACUGGCAUGAUGAUGAAUAUCAUAGGGAUUUUCUGCAUCACCUUAUCCAUCAACACCUGGGGCAAGGCCAUGUUCAACCUAGACUCUUUCCCUGCAUGGGCCAACCAAACAGUAAUAUGACAGACAGUACAAGGCCAAAUGGAAACCAGCAAGCUGCUUAUUUUCUUCGCAUCAUUCUCAUAAACGACGUGGAUCAAAGCUGCAGCAGAGAGAAAAUGAAACCUGCCAUGUCUUGCAGGACUAUUUUGCACACUCAUAACCUGUUUCAGAGCUACAGUAACUAAGCACAAGGAUAUACUACAGUAUGUUCAAAUGUUUGGGGCUCUUACGAUUUUUUGAUGUUUUUAAAA